UCUCUCUCUCUGUCUCUCUCUCUCUCCUCCAUUUCAUUAAGCUUUCUCUCUGUGUCUCUGCAAACCAAAAUCUUUGUAUAUAUUUAUAUAUAUAUUCUUGGCUUUGUACCCAAGCCGCCAAAAUCAGGUCCUCCACAUUCUUCUCUCCAAAUUCCAAAAGCCCAACAAAACAAACACCGAAAACAUAAAACAAACAAAGCCAACGUAUCUCUCUCUCUCUCUCUCUCUCUCUCUCUCUCUCCUUUCCUCUCUGUCCAUCUGAAAAGAAAUCGAGGAAUUGUAACCAAAAACAGCAGAACGAGCAUCAACAGGUAACAAGAAACGGAAACCAACCCUUAUUAAAAUCUUUUGACCUGCAACUUCUUCUAAUUAUUCCUACCACCACCACUACUCCCAAUUGGCGUUUUCCGAUCAUCUCUUUUUCUUCUCCACAGCCAUCAUCAUCGGAUUUUGAACGGUCAGGAUUGUUUCUGUUCUUUUCUAUUUUCAUUGGUAAUAGUGAAGUUUUGAAUUUGGGAAUUGAGAAGCUCUUUGCUUUUCAUCUUUUCUAGCCCUAAAUUUUGAGGUCAAGAUUGUUUCAAUCUUGAUCUAUCAAAACCCUUUUGUUGUAACUGGUAAAGGUGAGAGGAAAACUCUCAAUUCCUUUAAUUGUUCUCGUUUUAUGAGCUGGGUCGAUGGCGGAAUUCGAAAAUAACAUGGAAUUCACGGGCAAAUCCAAGCCCAGCGCCGUAGCAUCCUCUUUCUUUAAUCGUUCUCUCACAAUUCACUCAUCAAAAUCAUCCCCCAAAGACUAUGUUCAGUCCCCCUCCAGAUUCUACAAUUCCUUCGAGUCCAUGAAAGGGAAGGUUAAAAAUCUCUGCAAUAUGUUCGAAUCGUCGAAAUCCCACAAGGCAAUUAUCCAUGAGUCCCAAUCUCAAUUGCUAACGCAAGCGAGCAAGUUUAAGUCUGUGAAAUCGAUGGGACCUGAAUAUAAUAGGUACGCUUUUGGGUUCACCAAUACUGGAAUUCGACUACCCGGUACGGAGGAUCGGAUUGUGGUUUAUUUUACUAGUUUGCGAGGGAUUCGAAGGACUUUUGAGGAUUGUUAUGCGGUUAGGAUGAUAUUUAGAGGGUUUAGGGUGUGGAUUGAUGAGAGGGAUAUUUCCAUGGAUUCAGCUUAUAAGAAGGAGUUGCAAAGUUUGUUCGGAGAGAGGAACGUGAGCUUGCCACAGGUGUUUAUAAGAGGAAACCACGUGGGUGGCGCUGAAGUGAUUAAGCAAAUGUUUGAGACUGGCGAUUUGGCCAAGGUGCUUGAAGGGUUCCCGAGAAGACAGCCUGGGUUUGUUUGUGAAGCGUGCGGUGAUGUGCGGUUUGUGCCAUGUGGAAAUUGUAGUGGCAGCAGGAAGAUAUUUGACGAAGAUGAAGGUGUGCCCAAGAGGUGCUUGGAAUGCAAUGAGAAUGGAUUGAUUCGGUGCCCAGAUUGCUGUUCAUGAUUUUCCGCCUGCGCUCAUAUGAUUUGCUGUGUGGUUUUAGAUGUUUUGUUGAUGUAUGUAUGGAUGUGGAUAUUGUAUUGAAGGUCGAAUUCAAAAUGCUCUUUGGAUUCAUGGGCUUUGGUCUUUCUCAUUUCUAGUUCUCAUUUCUAGUUGUGUGAUCAUCGGUUAAGGGAUCGAUGCUCAUUGUUCUGUGAAGAGUGUUAUGAGAAAUAAUAGUCUCUGGUAUCAAAACACCAAAUUGGGUUGCGUGUUUUGGGUUGGCAAGGGGGAGAGUUCCUCCUCUAUGGCAAUGUAAAUAUUUAGUACUAAUGUAAUGCAAAACCAAAAAAAAGGGUGCAGAUGAUGGAUUGUAAUGAGAAUGGAUGAACAAUAUUUCCUUAA